ACCUGCUCCUACAGGCUGCUGUGAUUGGUCAGACUCGCUGCAGUGAGGAUGCAGCUUUCUGGAGGCUGCUUGCUGCAUUGAUGCUGCUGCCGGUGGAUCCUCCUCAACAUGAGACUCUGGGUCUGCUUCACGGAGAACUACAGUUACAACAGUUAGAAAGUCUGUCACCUGGCUCUCUACUUCACAAUGAGGACGAGAUUCAGGACGAAGAUCAGACGUAGACCCUGAUCUGGACCAGUGAUCUGGACCAGUGAUCUGGACCAGUCCUCUGCGGUCCCACGCUGUCCUCUGGUGACUUCUGUGAAGUUGAACUCUUUGAACCCGCUCCGUGCCGUGAGCCCAGUUAGAGAUGAAGAGUCUCUUUAGCAGAGCGCAGUGUGCGCCAGGGGAACCGGAGCCGGAGGAAGCCUCUGCACACGGCCCUGACGGCACAGAGACCACCGUAUUCAUUCUGAUGACGCCACCUCCACACCAGAAAAUAGUGAAAGCAGGAGAUAAAGACCUGGACGGACAGCUGGACUUCAAGGAGUUUGUUCAUUAUCUCAGAGACCACGAGAAGAAACUCCGGCUGGUCUUCAAGAGCCUGGACAAGAAGAACGAUGGGCGGAUCGACUCCCAGGAGAUCGUGCAGUCACUGCGAGACCUUGGGGUGAAGAUCUCUGAGGAGCAGGCGGAGAAGAUCCUCAAGAGAAUAAGGAGGGGCCACAUCUGGGCCCCCAUCCUGUACAUGGAUAAGAACGGCACGAUGACCAUCGACUGGACCGAGUGGAGAGACUUCCACCUGCUGCACCCGGCGGGGAACAUCCCCGAGAUCAUCCUGCACUGGAAACACUCCACGAUCUUUGACGUGGGGGAGAGUUUGUUGGUGCCUGAUGAGUUCACAGCAGAAGAGAAGAUCACAGGAAUGUGGUGGCGACACCUAGUGGCCGGAGGAGGAGCUGGCGCUGUGUCUCGAACCUGCACCGCCCCCCUGGACCGGCUCAAAGUCCUCAUGCAGGUCCACGCCUCCAAGACCAACAGCAUGAACAUCACUGGAGGCUUCGUCCAGAUGGUCCGAGAGGGCGGCGUGAGGUCGCUGUGGCGAGGCAACGGCAUCAACGUCAUCAAGAUCGCCCCCGAGUCGGCAAUCAAGUUCAUGGCCUACGAGCAGAUGAAGCGGCUGAUUGGCAGUAACCAGGAGACGCUGGGCUUCACCGAGCGGCUGGUGGCCGGAUCGCUGGCUGGACUCACGGCGCAGAGCAGCAUCUACCCCAUGGAGGUCCUGAAGACCCGGCUGGCCCUCAGGACGACGGGGCAGUUCUCGGGCAUCCUGCACUGUGCCAAACACAUCCUGCAGAAAGAGGGCGUGGCCGCGUUCUACAAGGGCUACGUGCCCAACAUGCUGGGCAUCAUCCCCUACGCCGGCAUCGACCUGGCGGUCUACGAGACCCUGAAGAACUGGUGGCUGCAGCGCUUCGCCACCGACAGCGCUGACCCCGGCGUGUUCGUGCUGCUGGCCUGUGGCACCACGUCCUGCACCUGCGGCCAGCUGUCCAGCUACCCGCUGGCGCUGGUCCGGACCCGCAUGCAGGCCCAAGCCACCCUGCCAGGGGGCCCUCAGAUGAGCAUGAGCGCCCUGUUCAGACACAUCAUCCGGACCGAGGGGCCCAAGGGCCUCUACCGGGGCCUGACCCCAAACUUCAUGAAGGUCAUCCCGUCGGUCAGCAUCAGCUACGUGGUGUACGAGUCCCUCAAGAUCCGGCUGGGGGUCCAGUCCACGUGACGAGGGGGCCACGGAGACCACGAGGCCUGGGGGUUGUUUACGGAGACGGCGCUAAACAACAACAUAUUGACAUCCCCGGCUUGGAAGGAAGAAUGUGAGACGAUGUGAAGAGGAGCUUCUGCUCGUCUCUGAUGUCUUUGAGAGUUCUAAAGCAUAUAUAAUAUAUAUAUAUAUUCUAUAUUAUAUAUGCUAUCAUUCAGGGCGUUGCUACAGCUCAUCUGACUCCAUCAACACUGCUGAAGAACAUCAGAGGGUUCUCCAUCUUAUCCAGAUCUGGAGGAGCUCCUGGAGGCCUCUCUGCUGGGUCCUGUGGUCCCAGGAGCUCCUGGAGGCCUCUCUGCUGGGUCCUGUGGUCCCAGGAGCUCCUGGAGGCCUCUCUGCUGGGUCCUGUGGUCCCAGGAGCUCCUGGAGGCCUCUGCUGGGUCCUGUGGUCCCAGCAUCCGAGUGCUGUAUGCUGAGGCCCUGCAGGCCGUGCAGGGCGCUGGCCUCUCCCCUGAGGGGGGUCACCUCUGGGGGUCACCUCUGGGAACGUUGAAUGCACUUUAAGGAUUCUGCUUUAAUUCCCGUUUAGUUUUUUAAAUAGUAUUUAUGUAUUUAUUUGAGCAGUAAAGAGUCCUGCUGACGUAGGCUCUGUUGGUGGUGCUGAUGAGAUUCAGGUUCCUUUACUUAGAUUAAUGAAUGUUCAAUAACAGAAAAUAAUAAGACCAUCAUAUGAAUAAAUGGUGUAAAAUA